AUGAAUCUGGUGCACCAGAGGCUUUCUCCUUGGCAGAGCGUGAGAGUGGUCUAUUGCAGUACAGUAGUGCCCUCUGAUGAAGUGACAGUGGUUUACCACAAUGGGUUACCUGUGAUUUCUGUGAACCUUCCAUCCCGGCGUGAACGUUGCCAGUUCACACUUAAGCCCAUCUCAGACUCUGUUGGGGUGUUCUUACAACAGCUGCGAGCGGAGGACCGAGGCAUCGAUCGGGUGGCAAUCUACUCAGCAGAUGGCACACGUGUCGCCUCCUCCACAGGCAUAGAUUUGCUCCUGCUGGAUGACUUCAAACUGAGCAUUAAUGAUAUCACAUACCAUGUUAGACCACCAAAGAGAGAGCUCUUAAGCCAUGAAAAUGCAACAAACCUGAAUGAUGUCAAGACAUUGGUUCAGCAGUUGUAUACUGCCCUGUGCAUUGAGGAGCACCAGCUGAACAAAGAGAAGGAGCUGAUAGGGAGACUAGAGGAGCUGAAGGAGCAACUAGCACCACUAGAAAAAGUAAGGAUGGAGAUCAGCAGGAAAGCAGAGAAGAGGACAACCUUGGUGUUGUGGGGAGGCUUGGCCUACAUGGCCACUCAGUUUGGGAUUCUGGCCCGCCUGACCUGGUGGGAAUACUCUUGGGACAUUAUGGAACCAGUCACCUAUUUCAUCACCUAUGGUAGUGCCAUGGCCAUGUAUGCUUAUUUCGUAAUGACUCGCCAGGAAUAUGUUUAUCCAGAUGCCAGAGACAGACAGUACUUAUUAUUUUUCCAUAAAGGAGCCAAAAAGACACGAUUUGAUCUAGAGAAAUACAAUCAACUCAAGGAUGCAAUUGCUCAGGCAGAAUUGGACCUUAAGAGGCUUCGAGACCCACUGCAGGUUCACCUGCCCAUCCAGCAAAUUGAUGAGAAGGACUGAUCAGCAGAGAAGCUCUGAACCCCGGCCAUAAACCUGUUCAUAGCUCUUGCCUUUUUAAUUAAAGCAUUGCAGGUGGAAGCUGGGAGGUGGUGUGGGGUGGAGGGUUUUUACCUUUAAUCAAGACAAAAGGACUGGAGGGGGGGGGGAAAUAUCAUAAAUCUGAAGAUGGGACAUUAUGGAAUGUUAGUUCUGAGAAGGGCUUAGCCAAAACGGUCGUAUUUAAAGAUGAAUGGCAACUGUGUACAAAUACAGGAUUGGGGGGG